AUGAAAGUUAAUGCUACUUUGACUCUGCUGCUGCUUGGCCUGGCAGUUGCAUCUCCUUCCUCGCAACCCAACGGCGAAGACAGUCUUCAGGAAGAGAUGGAAAUCGCUGCCACCCAGACCACAAGAAACAAAAUGGUUGUUGCGAGGAUGUUAGAUGGGUCUGCUGGGAUUAUGACCCUCGCUGCCAUGACUGGGAUUGGAACCGGUGCGAGUGCCCUUCUAAAGACCAUCGCUGUCACCCAGACCAUUGGCGCGACCAGGGCCGUUGCCGGUGUGAUAGGGACUGGUGGUGCGAUAAUCAUGAUCCUCACUGUGACUGGGAUUGGGGUAGUUGUAGGUGCAAAAGACAUUAGGUUUUGA